CGAUAUAUACACAUCUCACCUUAUCAAGUCGGCUUUGAUGCCUCUGCGUAUCGACUGAAUCCACUCAAGAGCGGCUUUGGUACUUUGAUAGCGAAUUACUUCGCCCUUCCCUCUAGCCGGAUGCUACUUUAAUACCAACAUACCUGUUCGUGUGACCCCAUUCUUCAUCAUCAUGGCUCUCGAAUCUGCAUAUCAGCCUCUGGCUACAUCACCCAGUAACGAAUCCAACUUGGAUGAGCAAAAAGGCCGCCAUCGAAGAUCCCGGAUCGACAUACCCUUCACUUCAUUCAUCUUAUCCCGUCGUAAACUAGUUUUGGCUAUCUUACUAUCUCUGUCUCUGAUAUCUGCUGCUUUAUUCUCCCUCCCAGCUCUGAAAACGCUUUACGGAUCACCUAUCGAACUCGUCCCCGCCGAAAACCCUUAUUUCCAAACCGGUGGAAUAUGGGAUCAUAACGAUGCCAUUGCUGCUAAAUUAUAUCGAUGUGAAGCUCUUGGUCUUUUACGCAAUACAUCUCUUCCACUUGAAUCGAAUCUACGACCAUCGGCGGAGGAAGAAGCUGCAUUAACCGCCGAAGGAUGUGGUACGAACGAGACAACUAUAAUCAUCCUAGCUUCUUUAUGGUUUGCGGAGGCUUACUCUGGUACUUCCAACACUGGAGAAUCCAUUUACGCUCAAAGUGUGAUCAGUGCACUCAAUGCGAACAAUUACAGCUAUGUUUUCACUUCUCUGGGAUGGUAUAACCCCGACAUGAAGAAAACUGUGGAACUGUGGAAUCAACAUCGCUGGAAUGUUCGGAUGAUUUUGGCUGAUCCGGAUCAAGUGAAUGUGUGUUGGAAUCCCGAACAUAAUUGUGUAAAAAGUGAAGCCAAUCCAGAGGGAAUCGAAGCAUGGAGAUUGAUGUCAUUUUGGUAUUGGGACACUAUCGGAAAUCCUCUAGGCCCCACAUUCACCCUUUCACCUUUCGCAAAAACCCCAAACACACUCAUGUCACUUUCAAUCGAACCAACUUGUAAAAGACUACCUUACCUUCCAUCAGCAUACAGACCACAUCCCCCUCAAGCAUGGUUACUAGCUAAACAAGUGCAUUAUCUGGAUAACACCACUGCUUUCUCUUGGACUCUCGAAGCUCUCACUGGUUUGCAGAAAGAGUUUGGUAUCCACGUCAAAGGAGGAAUGGUAGAUGAUGAUGCGGAAACGUUGAAACGUGUCAAAGCUGCUAAUAUUGAGAAUGUGGGGAGGUUGGGAAAGAUUGAAUUUUAUGAAGAAUUAGCUAAGAGCUCUGUGCUGAUAGGUGUUGGAAGACCUAGGAUCAGUCCUAGUCCUUGGGAUGCUUUGUGUGUCGGUGUUCCCUUCAUAAAUCCAAUUUUGGAAUGGGACGAGGAGGAUCCAAAAGAUCGAAGUAAAUGGCACGCUCAGCAAUGGCACAUGACGGAUCUGGAUCCUCCAUACGUAUACAACGUCCACGCACACGAUAUAGUCGGUCUCAGACGAGCAGUCCACGCAGCAAUACAUCAUCCCAUCGAAUCGUUCAUACCAGAAGUGAUGACUUUCAAAUGGGUUCGAAAUCGAAUGGGUGAGAUUGUAGAAAGUGAUUGGCGUACCAAGGCAAAGGGGAUAUUGGAAGAAAGGCUGAGAGUUGGUGAAGGGGCUUUGUUCGUCAUGUGA